AUGGAGCAGGAAUUAAAGGAAUUUCAAGUUGGUCAAUUAGUCUUUGCCAAAGUUAAAGGAUAUCCUUCAUGGCCCGCAAAAAUUACGCAACGAAAUGAAAAGUCAUAUGGAGUUUUUUUCUACGGAACAAACGAAACCGCUUCAAUGAGUGCUGAAAACAUAUUUGCAUAUGAGGAAAAUAAGAAAAAACUGAUUAAUGCCAAAAGUUUAAGAUGGAGUUUCUUUAAGGAGGCGGUAAAUGAAAGUGAAACUAUAUUUAAUCUAGAAAGCAACGUAGCAAGUAAAUCUACUGAUAAUCAAUUAAAGCCUGACUUGAAACGAAAGUCGAACUUUACUGUUGAAGACUAUGCCGGCGCAGCUUCGCAACCAGCAAAAAGAAUGUUUCAUUUAACUCCAGCAGUAAGCGAUCCGACAGAAGAUUUGGAAGGAAUUGGAAACAACAAUCUGUUGUUAGCUUAUGUAAAACCAAACUCUUACAUAGGCAUAAAUCUAGAAUACAAGAAACCUAAAGUGUUUCCAUCGAAGCUAAUCCGUUGCGAAUGGGAAGCAGCUGCUAACAAAAGAGCGGAAGUCCUUAAAUAUAAGUUAGAAAAUAAAUUAACGCAAGUUAAUUCGGUCUUGCAUCGCGUUGUAAUAACACCACCGAGGGAGUUAAUUAUAAACGACUUUUUACGCCGUUUCCUUGCGGAAAUCACACCAAAACAGAAGGUUUUCUAUGUUCAACUAUACGAUUUUUUCCAGAACCACAAAUUACGUCAACUACUCGAUGUGGAAAAUAUAAUUAACAACAACAAAGGCGGAAUUGUCUGGAAUAGAUUUGAGAAGCAUGAAAGAAUUCCUCUGAUGUUACUCCAGCACCCAAAAGUAAUGGGCAACAUACGACGUUCGCGGCUUUUCUACGAAGAUAUAAGACCAUUCAACUUGAUACAUUGUAAUCAUUCAAAAAGUACACCUGCAGUCGAAAAAAUCCGUCAAGACGCUGUAGACAUAUAUAAAAAUCUUAAAACAAUGUUCAAAGAGAAGGACUUAACAUUGGCUUGGGAUAUAUUAUGCGAAAAAAUAAAUAAUUUUCGAGACUGUGUGAUAGACACGGAUGAUGAAAUCUUUUUAAGUGUUACUACAUGCACUUAUAUGAAGAUUUUAGCGGAACGUGAAGAUUUUAGCGGAACGAUGCAUAUAAAAAGUUGA